UCCAAAGCCAUUUUUGCUGGCUGUAGGCGAGGUCUCCAGAACCAGAGGGAGCACACAGCUCUUCUUAAAAUUGUAGGUGUGUAUGCUCGAGAUGAAACUGAAUUCUAUCUAGGCAAGAGAUGCGCUUAUGUGUACAAAGCAAAGAGCAACACAGUGACUCCCUGUGGCAAACCGAAUAAAACCAGAGUAGUCUGGGGAAAAGUGACUCAUGCUCAUGGAAACAGUGGCAUGAUUCGUGCCAAAUUCCGAAGCAACCUUCCUGCUAAAGCCAUUGGCCACAAAAUCUGUGUGAUGCUGUACCCCUCAAGGAUUUAAACUAACUGAAAAGUAAACAAAUAAAGGUGUAGAUUUGU